GUAAUAUCCUAGUAGAAUUAAGGAGCCCAUUUUGACGUCUUCAAAGAGAGACCACCAGCCGAGGAUGAACCACUCUUUAGCGAUAUUGGCGUAACAAGCGGACCGCCAAUAAUACGCAAACGAACGCACUCUUUAUCUACUGAUACGAUAAUCUCCCCAGCAGAAGUGGUGGAUCUUACGUCGAAACCGGAGCUGGAAGAACGUCGUUUAGCGAAGCGGCGAAGGCUGGCUAAGCAGCGGGUAGAGAACCUCAUACUCGAUCCUGUAUCCAUGCCCAAGUCAACGCCUUUGCCAAGCCCUAGCAGCCAAGUUCCCUCUCCUAGAGCCAGCAACGGUCCUAGACCUGAUUUUCCAGAGUGUAACGACAAAGGCGAUGGUGCUGAAUCCCCAGGCCUUUACUCCUCAAGACAAUCCAUCUCUCCUUUUGAAGGAACAGUGAGCGAACAAGAUAUCAAUCCGGAUUCAGACAGGCGUGAGAAGAGUAGAAAAGGCAGACGUAGUGAAGUUGGGGAAAGCCAUAGGGACGAACUCAAUCAGGUCGACGUGUCCUACGGAGCUUCAGCGACACCUCCUCAGCGACAUAACCCUAGCAAUCGUUCGGUCCAGGAGAGACCGCGCGGUCGACCACAGACUCAUCUUAAACCACAGAAUGGGAGCACAGUCUUUAGGAAGACAUCACGACAACUAACAUCACCCCCAUCACAACAGCUAUCUGGGCCAAGAGCGGAUAGCACAGCACGGAUCAGUCGGAUCGGUCCCCCGCGAACCUUUUCCACAGGAGCAAAGGCAGCAUAUGAUUCUAGUAUCUACCGCGGAACCAGCGACUACGAGUUAAUGGAUAUUGCGCAUUACUAUUGCGACGUACCGAAUGACUCGCCUAUUAUUACAGCAACCGUCUAUUGUGCCGACGUAAUGUCAGCAUUGUAUGCAAAGUCAUCAGCGCUUAGAUGGAACUUGCUUGGUAACAAAGGCGAAGUCAUCCGAACGAUUAAGUUAUCAUCAGAUUCAUGGUUGGUAAUAGGAUACCGGCAUGACGAUUGCGGUGCGCCAAAAUUAUGUAGCGGUCGAGGCUCGAUGCAGCGAAGCACGGAUAGGGAGACUGGCCGCCACAGUAAUGCCAUCAACUAUGACGCCGUCCAUCCAGAAACAUACGGAAACGAGAAGUACGAGGAUGAAGAUGAAGACGUGAGCGACAAUGGCUAUAUGCUCUCAGGCAAACGAACACAUGUACCGUGGAAAGAGUCGGACGGACAGCGCUUACUGUCGUACAAGGACAAGAUGGGCUUGGACUGGGAUGACAUAGUUUUUCGUUUCCCAGGUCGGUCGGUGGGCGCCGUAAAACUCCGCUACUACACAUUGCACAAGAAGGAUUCGUAAGGCUAUUGCGAUGUCCUCGACCUACCACUUCCCACCAAGAUCGAACUCUCGCCUUGUUGAGGUUGGAGCAUUUACGGGUGAAAAGGAGCGUACGGUGGAUGCUAAGCUUUGCUAUCUCGUUUUUACUAGAUUAUGCAUAGACUUGGCGCAAAGAGUUAUAUAACUCCGUCCCACUUCGUCGCUCGUCUCUCUUCAGGUUAUGUCGAUUUUGAUUAGUUUCAAUAGUC